AUGGACGAUAAGAAAGUAAACCCUUACCUCCCCCUCGAGCUCCAACUCUUAAUUCUCGAAGCCGCUCCGUUCGAAUCUCACCAGACUCUUAGUCUGGUUUGCCGUACCUGGCGCACCUUCAUCCUGACUUCGCCAUCAGUCCUCCAAAACCGGUAUACCUCCUACACCCUUCCGGAGGGCCAUGCAAACGGCCCUCGCACGAAAUUCCACGAACCACUAUACCAUGGGAUCCUUUCCUACCUUACUCACUACGUCCGAAUGGACGACGGAAUUUACCACGCUUGCUAUCUAAAACCACCGGGUUAUCUAAACUGGACCGGAGAACCCGUGAAGUAUAUUUUAAAUCCGGGUUUAUUUGGGAAAGAUUUAUUAUCGCUCGACCAUUCACCCGAUGGGAAAGGGAAAGGGAAAAGUAGGGAUGAUGAUUUACAACUGAGUUUCAAUAAUAUAUAUGCCCACGAACGAGUAACACCCUGGAAACAAUCGGUCUGGAAACACCCAUUUACUACACAAGCCUCCACUACACCUACUAUCGCGGAGUUCCUGAAAAAGAACGGCCAGGCCGUAAAUAACGGGUUAGCGGACUACUACACAAACUACAGCUACGCCGAUGUCUUAAAAGUCGUCAUGAAAUAUACCCGAAACUCAUCUGGAGUAUGUUUCCUCGAAUUCGCGUUGGCUCCUAUGCCGCGAAGUUCUGAAAAUGUGAAUAGUACUACUGCCCGAGAAAGGCUUGAUUUGGAGGAAGGACGGGGGAGAACAAAAGGAUUGAUCAGGAAAUGGGAGGUUGUAAGGAAAUUGAAGGGCAUGGUGAAGAGAAAGCCGAAGGAUCCGGAUGGGAGGGUGGAGUUUGAAGCGCCGGGGCUAGAGGGGCAUUAUGAAGGGAAGGAGGUUAAGAGCUUUUGGAGGGCUGAUGGGGUGAAUGCUGCUUCGUCGUGGUAUUAA